AGUUGAGACCAGUAGACAAGACCCAACCAUGCGUUUUCUUAUAGUGCUAGCCGCCGUGGUGGCUGUUUGUGCCGCGGGCACGCUAACAAAUCUUCAUCCCAAGCAGCUGCAAGAGCAAUUGAUGCAGUAUGCCGAUGAGAACGGUGAUAUUGAGCUCUUCAACGAGUCCGAUGAUGUGCCAGUUGAGGCUGCACCACAGUUCAUUGUCUCCUGGCAGAUUCGCCGCCAGAUUCGCAAACUGCAGAAGCAGAUGCCUUGCGGCUGGCCCAAUGCGGGAAUUCCCCCACUAGCUCCUCUGCGUGUCAACGAGGCCGAUCUGGACUUCAAGCGUGGCAUUUUCGAGACCUUGAACCAUGUGUUCCGCCUCAAGGUUGCCGGUCUGGAUGACUUCAAAAUCAAGAAGUUCAAGCUUAACAUGAUCACCUCCAAGAUCACCUUCGAUUUCGUCUUCAAGAACAUUGAUACUACCGCUCAGAGCUACAACACCGAUACCCUGAUCGAUGCCAUGCGUCAGCUGGGUCUGUCCGUCGAAUACGAGGGUUCCGGUGGUCUGCUGUUCGAUCUGAUCAAUCUGCGUGUUGCUGGCGUGCUCAAGUACAAGCUGCCCGUAUUGUGGGGCUCGGCUAAGAUCACCUCUCUGAAGACUACCAUCUCGAUUGGCGAUGUCAAGUCCGAUGUCACCGGUUUCAUGGGCAAUGGCAAGAUCAAUCAUGCCAUCAACCGUCAGCUGGAGAAUAUUGUGGUGAAGAGCGUCAACGAUAACCAGCAAGCCAUCUCCAAUGCCAUCGAGGAUGCUAUUGUGCCACGUGUCAACAAGAUGCUGAAGGGCAAGGACUUCUGGACUCUGGUCGAUGUGAUUCUAUCCAGCGGCGAUGGCGAGAGUGAGGAUGAUCCAAUUGUGGUUGAUUGUGUGCCCCCAGCAGACCCCUGGGCUUAAGCAGUUAAUACUGAACUUUUAUUUGCAAACUGCACAAUAAAAAAAAGCUUUUUUACGUCUAAACAA